CCAUCCUCUACGCCAUUGCUGUCGCCCCUUUCUUUUCGACUCAUUUUUCCGGUGAUGUCGUUCGCCCCACACUCCCCUGCAGCGGCGGAGGGUCGUUCCCCCCUUGAGAGGGAUCCUUUACGCUCUGUGGGUGGGUUUUCGGAGUUGUACGAUUCCUCCAAAUCGGCCGUCGCCGAUGCCUUUUCCGUUUCCGAUUUCUCUGGAUCUACUACCGCAAACACUAAUCCCAUGGUGCUCCAUGGAUUCGCCCUUGAUUCUGAGCCGGAGGUUGAUUCCAGUGUUGCCCUUGUUCGAGCCAGGCGAUCGCUGUUUCAGAUACCUUCUUCGUCGACCCAGGGUAGGAUUGAAGCGGCUCCAUUGAGUUGCUCUUCUACCCGUGGAGUUGUCAUCGAUAUGCUUCGUAUAUACUGUCCUCUCGGCGUCGAGCCACUGGAGUACCGUGUUGGAGGCGAAAUUGAAAAUCAUUUGGUCAAUUAUUUGCUAUCCUACAUGUUGGAUGGUAUGAUCUCUACAGGUGUUGAUGGGAGGGAGUGAUUAGAUGGCGCAACUCAAUCCGUGGAGUGUGGUGGUGCGACAGAAAUUUUCUAGUCUGAAAAAAUUUAUGGUCAAAAAUCAUAAUUGAGAAAUUGAACGAUGC